AUGGGUGCUGGUAUUGGUUUUAUGGGUCUGGGGAUUGGUGUUGGUUUUAUGGGUCUACGUGCUGAUAACCACAAUCAAGUUUCAAAAUGGUUAUCGCUUGAUGAAGCCAUAAAUGAUUGCACCGAGCUUUUAUUUUCUGGUAAAUACGAACAGCCUCCUGUAGAUAAAGAAACCUUUAAAACCUUAGUCUCUUUGUGCAGUCGUGACGUAGUUUUAUUAUCACACGAUGGUUAUUACAAGCAAAUCGAUGGCUUAGCUAUGGGCAGCCCACCAGCUCCACUUCUCGCUAAUGGUUGGCUAAGCAAGUUUGACUCUAUCCUCAAAGACGAUGCUGUACUGUAUUCAAGGUAUAUGGAUGAUGUUUUGAGAAAAAUAGAACGUAAUAGAAUUGACGAAAAACUUCUACAAAUUAACGACCUGCAUCCGUCACUCAAAUUUACCAUUGAAAAAGAAGGGAAGAAUACGUCUAUACCUUUUCUGGAUAUGUUAAUUAUUCGUUCAAAUAACAAUUUAUCAUCGACAUGGUACAUGAAAGCUACCGAUACAGGCCUGACGAUGAACUUUCAUUCACUGGCGCCACGGAAAUAUAAACGGUCAGUCGUAUCCGGCCUAGUUCAUCGAAUACAUCGAGCGUGUAGCACAUGGUCGAAUUUUCACCAAAGUCUAGAAAAAGGUAAAACUGUUCUUGAGAAAAAUCAAUAUCCGAAAGCUUUCUAUGACCCGAUAAUUAAAAGUACGAUAUCUAAGAUUAUGGAAAAUAAUGAUAACGAGAAUCCUGAUGAAGAAAACGAGAAAGAAGAGUCUGAAGAGAAGAUGAUUUUCAUUCAAUAUCGUGGGCGAGUUUCGGAGAAAUUUGAAACUUCUAUGAGAAAGUUGAAUAUACCGUGUAAAAUUAUUUUCACAUUGAAAAAGUUGAAAAGUUCUCUGCCUCCAUUGAAACCUGUAAUUGAAAAAUUUUUCAAAAGUUGUUUGGUAUACAAAAUAGAAUGUCCACGAUGCAACUCGUGCUAUGUCGGACAGACGAGCCGACAUUUAAUCAAACGACUUAAGGAACAUAAAAGAACUGGUCCGGUGGGAAAGCAUUUCGACGAUUGCAAUAAUCUUUUAACAAUGGAAAAUGUAUCAAUUUUAUGUUCAUCAACACGGAACGUUUAUCAUUUAAUGACUCUUGAGACGUUAAUGAUCAAUUACAUCAAACCGAUUUUCUUACCUGAUGAUGGAUAA